UGAGUUACAUCCCCUUCUGUCUUCAGUUAAAAAAGAAAAAUAAAUAAACGGGUGCGUUUCUGUCCCGGCUUAAUUUGACAGUGUUCGGAAAAACUGUAAGAAAGAAGUUAUGGAACUGAAAGAGAGGUAGCUUUUCAAGGGGAAAAAAACAUGAUGUGUUCCAAUAUUGUUAUAGUGGUGAGUAGGACUCACUGGUGCUGCGUUACAUGUAAGAUAUAUUGUAAUCGUCUGGAAAGUAUUGAUCGCCAUUUACUUAUCCAGCAUCCUGUCUCCAAGAAUGCCAAGAAGGCUGAAUUUCAGUCUAUGGCACAAGCUGAAAAAUUCAGUUACAGUGAUGGAGAACUUGAAACAUGCUAUAGUCAUAAUCAGUACAAAUGGCACUUGGAUAUGCUGUCAUAUAAAAUGGGUGAUGAACAGUCACUUGAAACAAAUGGAAUAUUCACACCGACAUAUCUGAAAAACAGCUUUGACACUGACAUCAAAAACAGAAGAAGAAACUGUAGAAAGCAAUCAAAGAAAACCAUCAAAAGACAAACAAGAGGGGACAUUCAUGAAGAUGUCUCCACAGUUUUAAAUUCUCCAAAGUACCAAACUGAUCAAAAAAAGUUAAAUACUACUCAAGGAGAUUACUCUUGUAAAAAUAACUCUACUGACACAAACUUAAAAAGUAAAAUUUCUCUAAGAGUUUCAACAUCUUGUAAACGGACACCUCUUGACAGUAAUGUGGAUAGAAAGGGAUUUGAAGCAUCUUUACCAAAGAAAAAAAAUGUUUUGUUCUCCAUGCCAUCAAACCAAGCAUCUUUACAGAGAAAAGGAACUGAUAAUUUAAAACCAGUUGACUUAUCAGCUUCCAUUAGAACUUCUAAAGUAAUUCAUGUCAGCAGUGUUCAAGACCAUGUCACAAUGGAUAAAAGAGACAACACAAGAAAAGUAAAUGGACGAGCAAAGAUAGGAGCCUUCAAAAAAUAUAGUAAAGUGCCUUCUUACACCAAAAGGAGCAAAAGUGAAGUAGAUAAAUCUAAAAUUGCAACAUGUUGUGCACCAUGGCUGUUUGAUGCUGGUCGGAAAGCAGGAGAAAAAGUGAAAAAAAAACAAAGAAGGCUGAUGAUACCAGAAGAAAAAGAUGCUGUGAGAGAACUGUAUGGAAUACCUUUAAGUGGGCAAAUGGCUACUGAUCAUUCUUUGUGUGGUGCAGCUGAGGGUCACAGCAUCAAUGCGAAAAGUCAGAUGGUGAUAGCUCCUGCCAUUCCUUUAGAUGCAGAUACAAAUGGCAGAAACACACUUACAAGUAUAUUAUCACCAAGCAGUCAUAAUUUUUUCAUAGAUAUCUCAAGACCUCAAGAUAGUGCAUGCUCUGUGAAUUCUAAUAGUCAUCAACAACAGCAAAAUCACCAUAAUGAAACUCAAACAUCAGGUAUCUCUUCUACUUUAAAUGCACCACAAACUGCAGAUUCUAUAGGCUACCCUUGUUUUAAACAAGGCAUGAAUAGUCGAUUUUGCAGAAAAACUGAUUUAGCAAGGAAAACAGUUGAUGGUUCCUCUGAACAGCAUUCUGUAAGUGGUAAUCUACCCCAACAGCCUGAUCUUCCUUCUCAUGUUAAAAUUCAACCAAAUAUACCACAAAAUCCUGUCUCCACAAGCAGUUCUUGCUUUGAGGAAAAUAAUUCAUCAUGUUUAGAAAAUGGGAGGAAGAAUAUGGUGGAUGAAAAUAAUGACAACAUGUGCACCAUUUGUCAGAGAAAGUUUUUGUCAGCUUGUGAAAUGCACCAGCAUUUGCAAGAGAUGUCUAGGUUUUCUGUUGUUAUCUGUAAGCUUUGUAGACAUAAAUUUCAUGGUAUACAUGAACUGAACUUGCAUAUAUUCAGUGAGCAUGAACUUAGCAAACAAGUAUUUUGUUUUAUUUGCAAUGAGGAUGCCAUGGGUUUGGAGGAUUUGGAGAAACAUGUGCACAAACAUGCAUUCAAUGAUAAUCACAAAAUGGCAGAUACCAAGUUUCAUGACUGCAGAAUCUGCAAAGAAGAACUUGAGAGUUCAUACACCGUUGUCAGAAUCCAUUACUAUCAGCACCAUAUUUCACACGUUUGCUGUCAGUGUUUCUUACACUUUACUGAUCUGAUGUCAUACACUGAACACUGCAGAGUGCAUGAAGGCAAACCAGUUAUGUGCACCAUCUGUGGAAAAGAAUUUGUUGCACCUGAGGAGCUCAGCUCUCACUUUCCCUGUGCAGAAGAUGUAUGGGCAGAGGAUGGGAAGGGCGCUCAGUGUUCUAAAUGUGGGUUGUGGUGUCCAAACAGGGCAGUAGUAGAAGCUCAUCGAAAGCAGCACAGAAGUGAGGAUGAUGUUGAAGCUUAUAGGAAAGGUGCCCAGCAGGGAUUUCCUUGUGUGCUAUGUGAGAAAGUAUUUAAAAACAAACAUGCUUGUCGUCGUCACAUCAAGAUGGUGCACGAGGGAGUGACUUGCUACAAGCAUUACUGUGAAUAUUGCGGGAAAGGUUUUCUGACCAAAAACCACAUGCGUGACCACAUUGCCCUGCACCAUCUUGGUAUCAAGCGUUAUAAGUGUGAAUAUUGUGAUCAACAUUUUGUGUGUGCUCCAACUCUUCGUCGCCAUGUCAGGAAGGAGCACACCAAGCACAAGCCCUACACAUGUGAACACUGUGGAGAGCGAUUCUUUGAAAAGACACCCCUUCAAAGGCACCUUACUAUACAUACCGGGCUGGCACCAUUCAUGUGUGAGCAAUGUGGCAAAGGCUUCUAUACAAAACACAGCUUUACAAACCAUGGUACCAUCCACACAACCACCAGGGAUUUUAUCUGUAGUGGUUGUCACAAAGGUUUUACUCGCAAAUACAACCUGCAGGCACAUAUGAAAAUUUGUAAACUGGUGUAAUUGUAAUGAGUUACAAUGUGUUUAUAUUUGUAAAUUAAGUACAAGUAUUCAGCAUUAUAGUAUUGCAUUUUAGAUCUUAACAUUGAAAAAAAAAUUUUUUCAGGGUUUUUUUGUUGUUUCUAUUUAUCUAAAUUCUCUAGAAUAAAAGUUCUAAUGCCACAGUUAAAUAUUACAACUUAAUGGGAAUAGAAGAAUGUUUUGCAAUUUGACUGCUGAGUUAAGACAAAGGAACCCCUGGCAAAUUCUUUUUUAUUAACACCUUUUAAAGUUGUAAUUACAUCUUUUUUUAUAAUUAAAAGAUUAUGACUUUUAUCAAGUGUAUUGAUGUCUUAAACAUUGAUAAUUUUACAAGUCUCAGUCCAUCAACAAAACAUUGUGUUUAACAAGAAUCUACCUCUGUGAAAUGAAUCAUUUUAUUUUAUAUUUUCAUUUGAAUAUAAACCACUUUUUUUUAUUAACUGUUGGUGUUAUUCUUGCAACCAGCUGAAUGCAGGAAUGAUAUGCUAGUAUGGAUUAUUAUUAUUUUUUUAUCAGGAGUCUAGACUCCCCUGAUACAAGAUGGAGACCAAAAAAGAUUGUUUAGUUUUGUCAUCAUCAUUGAAAGUUUCAUACACUGAAAAUGAAUCACUAUAUCAUACAAGCAGAGACCAACAAACCUGGACCAAACAUCAUGGAAUUGACACAACUGAAAGAGAUAUUCUCCAGAACCUCGAGUAAUCUCAGCAGAUCACCACCUUCCACUUAAGAACAUCACUGCAGGCUGUUGUCAUAUGUGUACAAUCUGAUGUUGUAACAGAGGGUCAGUGUGGCUCACAUAUCCAGAACCCACUUCAUGCAUCCAAGAGAUCUGGCCUGUUGCCUAAUAAUAUGUUUAUUUAUAUAGCGCUUUUCCCAUCCAUUAAAGGUGGGCUCAAAGCGCUUUACUAACAAGAAAAACACACAAACAUAAUAAUAAUGGAUGCUGAUCUCAAAAAUAAUCUCUGAAAAAUAGCUGAAUUAUAAUCAAUAAGAUCAUCAGGUUAGUUUUGCAAUAACUGAGAAAAAGCCAAAUUCUAUUCAAGAAUUUCUGGACUGAAAUAAAGGAGGCAACCAUCAGCAUGUUUGGGUAGUCAUAGACUGUUCACAGGUGCUGGUCUCCUUUGACUGUGGAGAGAGUUGAGGAGGCCAGUAAGACAUACUUGUCCACUAGGUGAUAUUAAAACAUGGCUAGUCUUCACACCCCUAUGUAUGACACCUUUGCUAUGCAAGUAAUCCAGAGCAUGCAGUACACCCCGCAAGAUAUGUGUGACUUCUAGCUCCAUCAGAUCGCUGUAAAAAGGGGCAUGCAGCAGGUGACAGCAAGAACCAUAACUCAACAGGCAUGACUGUCCAUAGUGGGAGAACAGUCUCAUGUUGAGGCUGCUUGGUUAAUACAACUUCUUUCUGUACAUAAGAGAACUUGCGAUCUAAGUUUUCUACAUCAAUCUGUUUAACAGCCACAUGCAGUCCUAUUGGCGAGUGCUGAGCUAAAUGCACUGUGAUUGUAUCUUUGUGACAUUGUCUAUUCCUGUAUAUGACACUGUCAAAAUGCACGAUGACCACUUCUUAUGAGAACAGACGUGAAGGAUGUGGGGGAGUUUAGAUGAACUAGAAAGAACUGCGUAGUUUAUCAAAAACAAGUCCAGUGGUAUAUAGUCAUGAUUAUAAAGACAUUUGAAUGUAGAAUACAGUGUUGACGUAUGAUAUGAAGAUAUGCUUAUAAGUCUUAAUCUGUAAGCCCAUCUGGAUAAUCUUCAUAGUUAUCAUUAGCAUUAUUCUUCUUAUUUCUAUUCACCCCCAGAGCAUAGGGUCGCAACUACACUACGCCAUCAGAUCUGGUUCUGGGCGUCUCUUUCCAGUUGGGACCAUGUCAUGCCAGUUGCCUCCACCUUGCUGUGGACCAAUCUCAAUGUCAUUAUUAUUAUGCUUGUGCUGCAUUACAUUACAACUUUUACUUUUCUUCUAUGUGUAGGUGUAUGUCUGCAUGCAUGCCUCUUUAUAAAUACAUCUGCAAGCACAGGGAAUAACAUACCUGAACAGUUCAACUUGAGAAUGACAGAAAAAAAGGGAAGAAAUACCUGUAUACAAAUAUACAUAUUGAAAAAGUACAAACAACAGUUUUAAAAAUGAUACUGUAUUUGUCUAUGAAAUCUAAAUGCCCGUACAUAUAACUGUUGCUGUAAAGUUUGCAUAAAAUGGAUAUUGUAAAUAUAUAAACAAGAUCAAAAGAAAGAUUUUAUGAUAUGUCCAAGACUAGGUAAACACUGAAAUUUGUCUAUAAAUACAAGAAACCCCAUAAUAAAAAACUACAUUUUACACAGUGACAGCAAAGACAUUUCACAUGAAAGAAAAUAACAGAAGUAAAGAAAUUGGGAACCAAAGUGUAGAUACUCAUUACAAAAAACCCUACAAAAAUCUCUGGCAAUUCUUUGUCAACAACAGAAUGGCGAAUACUAAGAAAGUAGACCAUGCCAUAAUAUUCAGCCGUAACGAUAAGAAUUACACAAAAAACAAAGAGGGGACAACUUGUUUGGUGUCUGGACCAUGAAUUAUUGCUGUAAAUCUUCCACUGGUUGCAUUCACAUUCUUCACUAUAUAAUAAUGAUUACAUUACAGAGAUAAUGAACUCCUUCCUCAAAGUAUGAUGAAGCACAACCAAUGACCGACUAGUAUUGUUAUGGGUAAAUAAACAUAAAAUACAUUUAUACUGAAUUAUUCAGGGUGGAUGACAUGGCACAUCCCUGUUUCACACCUGAGCUACUCUAAGAAUGUGCUUAUUUCUUGUUACUCCUCAAGGAGCAUAGAGCCGCAACAACACCUCACUUGCGGACCCGGUUUUGGGCAGCCCCCCUCAGUUGGGCCCAUAUGGUUCCUAUGUCCUUUGUCUCGCUCUCAACUGUUCUUUUCCAAACUACCCUAAGAAACUUGAUAUUCAUUGUUUUAGCAUUAACCCCCCCCCCCCCAUCCAUCCACCCUCUGGUCUCUUCUGUGAAGAACUAAAUUCAUAAAACAGGCAUUUGUGUAAAAUGUUUUGUUUCACAUAUCUUCUGUGCAGCUGGAAUGAUGCUUGUUUCACUGGAAAGCUAGCUGCAGUUUUGUGCUCUAAAACAAGAACAAAUGCCUAAAAGUCAUAAUGAACCCCUAUCACCCUGUCUUUCAGACAAAACCAUCACUGCAACCCAGUUAGAUAUAGCAUGUUGUCUAACAGUAAUGGAAUUAUAAAGCCUAAUGUGAUAAGACAGUAAAUUCUCUUGAAUGCAACAUAGUUUGAUUUGUAGAUCAUAUGUAAAACUGGGUGUAACUAACACAGAUAUUGCCUUCUAGUAGUGAUUCACCAUUCAAUAGAAAUACUUCAGACACACAUGACAAUAAAAAUACCAUGAACUGCUAAACAUGAAUCAAAUAGUGAAAACUGGCAAACAAUGGAAAUUUCUUCAACACAAAAAAGUAGCCUUUCACUGUAUAAAAAAGAAUCUGAAAAUUGUAUACUAACUGGUAAGUGCAGUUUCUUCUUAUAGAGCAAUGAAAUGUACAAUAUUUUAGCAUGUGAAUAAAAAAUAAUAACAUCUACACAAGUUAAAUAUAUUAAAAAAAUAAAAUGUUCAAAGAUUUAUAUGCAAGCUGUAAAAAUUAUCCAUGUUCUACACAACAUCUUAAUGAAUGUCAGGGACAUCAAUAUUAUUUACAUUGAUACUACAUGAUAUAUCAAAGGUAUCAUUUUAAGAAAAACUCAUGUUUUGUCAAUAAGCAGCAUCUAUCUUUGGGAUCAGCAGAUUAUCAUUUUCAUUUCCAGCUUUGCAUAAGGUAGUGAAACAUUCCGUAAAUAGUAUGGUAGACAAUAAGUUAACAAAAGUAUAAAAUAAAUUUAUGUGCAAUGCUCUGUGGUAAAACCCUUGUACGGAAUAAUUUACUAAUUAAAAGCUAUAUCAACAAAAUACCCCACUAAGUGUAUGGUGGUCAGCAACUUUUUUUCAUGAAGCUUUUUUCUUAAACUUAUAUUAGUUUAUUAUGUGCCAAGUCAUGCUUUGUAAUUGUGUAAUAAACAGGGAGCAGAAUAAUAAUCAAGAAUAACUGUCCCUCACACCUUUUAUGCAUGUAAAAGAAACUGUUUCAAAUUACUCAUAAACAUGACAUCUGCAAAUGAAAAUCAAAUUUUCAAAAUAGUUCCUUUUACUGGCGAGCAAAGCUCAUUGCUCCACGCUAAAGAUAGCUAAGUUUUCUGGAGGGAGGAUGGCUCCAAAAUAAAUUUAAUUCAUCUAUGAACACAAAAUUUCUAUAUAAAAAAAAAAUCCAGCCCAGAAGAAAACAAGAUGUCCCAACAGAAGCAACUGCUUCUUUUAACAUGUUCUACAUGAACUGUUGAACAUUUUAAGUAAAUUAUACAGCCAUACUUAAUCUGUUGAAAAAUACUGUAAAUUUCAGUCUACUGAGCACACCUGUACAUAAGCUGCACCCGCUAAUUUAAAAAAAAUCUCUACUUUUUCCACAAAUAAGCCGCACUGGUUUAUAAGCCAUAAAUAUACACAACUUGAAAGCUGUAUCGUAGGCAUGUUGUCCCUUUUUCAGCAAGAUGAGGGUGUGUGCUUUAGCAACUGAUCUAAAUACUUCAAUUGUAUGUGGCUUUGAUUUAAAAAUUUGAACAGUUAACACUUUAAUGUUACCAGUUAACACUUUAACACAAAGCUGAAAAAAUUAAUCGGAAUCAGAAAAAUCCAUAAAAAUCUGCAUAACUGUUUAAGCUGCAAGGUUUAAAGCUGGGGAAAAAAGUCACGGCUUAUAAUCUGAAAUUUAUGGUAUACAUUACACUUGUACAUGUGUGCCCCCUCCACAACAUUUCACACACACAAUCUUUCUUAUUUGUAUUUGCAUGUUUACAUUCACAUUACUGGCCAUUUUUAUUGUUCAUUCUUGAUGCUAAAGUCAUUUUGACAUCAUACCCCAAACUUUAAAAUCUAGAUAAAAGGUGAUAGAGAUAGAGGUCCUUGCCUCUAAAAUGUACAUUAACAAUUGCCAUGAUAUAGCCGCAUUCUGAUUUUACUUCCAAUCUGCGGGAUUUACUUAAACUCUUUACAUAGUCCUACUACCAUAGAGAAGGUAAAUUGUGUCAGCCACCAUAAAAUCUUAUGCUACUGUACUGAAAGAUAGUUAAUUUAUAUUUAAACCACACAGUAACCUACAACUCAUCAAAGGGAAUGGGAGGGAAACAUCACCCCAAUCAUCAUCAACAGCUGAAAAAUCAGUUUGAAAAAUAAUCGAUUCCUGAUACUUUCGAGCUAUCAUUAGAACAAGAAAAAAAAAAAA